AUGGAGAAUUACAGAAAACCUCUUCGCCUACUCGCCGGCAUGGUUGUGUUCCUCUUGGGUUGUACCUGGCUGGCUCUUCCCAUCACUGGGGGUUUUGCCUUCAAGGCAAUCAAAGGCGAAGACCCGGGUUCUCUCGGUUCCUGGCUCAAGUUCCAUCUCAUCGUCAGCGGGUACAUUGCUGUCGUUGGGUUGGGCCUGGAACUGGUGAACCUGGCGUUCCGAUGCCAUCCGACCCUUGAAGGAGAAUCGACGUCGGGUCACGAGGAGUGGCAGGUUGUCAAGGCAAUCAUCGGAUCCCUAAAGGUUUGUCUCUCCAAAGCCUUCGGCAGAGGAGAGCUGCCGGCGAGGUCCGUUGAUGAGCUGCGAGCUGUCUGA